AUGAACGUGCCACUUGCAGCCUGCGGUCUGGCGCCGUCAGUGCUCGGUAAGGAGGCGACGGAGGUGGAUGGAGAGCUAGAAAAGGCUUCGCAGCAAUCGGUGCUGUUAUGGAGCAGUUUAUUGAUGUGUAUUGUGCCGUAUUUAACUGCAGCGGCGCUCUUGCGUGCGGGAUUUCGGCAUCAAAAAGACCUCGUGGACGUUUCCGCUCGCGAAUUGGCCAGUGAGGCGAAGAUUAACGUGAAAGAUGCGGUGGAAGCGAUUGAAAUCGCUCGGAACGAGAAAAACUCCUCAGCAGUCGGCGAUACAGCACUGGAUCUGCUCCAGGAAGUGACGAGGAGCAAGCCGAUUGCGACGAGGCUGCUGGGGUUAGAUGGACUGCUGGGUGGUGGCUUACAGCGGGGUGAAGUCACGGAAAUAUGUAGGACCGGCUGUGGUGGUCCUGGAACCGGGAAAACGCAGUUUGGGAUCCACGCUUGCUUGGCAGCGCAGUAUGUGGCGAAUACCACAGACAAACCUUCAUCUGCUAUAUUUAUUGAUAGCGAAGGCAGUUUUAUCAUCGAGCGUGUGGCAUCGAUGGCCACGCACUUUUUAGAGGAUUUUCGCCACAUCGGAGCGGACAAACUGGUACGAAUGCCUUGUUAA